AUGGGUUCCGACAAUGCGCCAAAAGGCCCUGCGACGCGCGAGGAGAUGCGCGAGGCCCGCCUCCCCCUCGCCUACAGAGACAGCUGCGCCCACCUGCUGAUCCCCCUCAACCGAUGCCGUACCGAGACGUGGUACCUGCCCUGGAAGUGCUCGGACGAGCGCCACGGCUACGAAAAGUGCCAGUACGAGGAGUUCAAGAAGCGCGUUGCCAAGAUGGACGAGCUGCGGGCGAGCAAGGACGGCGCGAGGAGCAACUAA